CACUCAGCCACGCUCCUCCAAUAGAAAAGUUCAGAGGAACGGGACGCUGAGGCGGGCGGGCUGUGGGGCGAUGCGGUCCGGGUCCAGGUGUGCCAUGCGGACAGAGUACUGAAAUUUCACCAUUCUGCCUCAAAGCCCACACCAGUUCAUGUCCUGUCCAUCAAGUUGUUGUCUCUCUGCCCACCAACCAAACUCUCGUGGCUGCAGUUAGUUGAUUUGUUGACCACCAUGGCUUCCACUGCUUUGCUGCUCCUGGCCCUCUCCUCCUCCGUCUCCCUCACAGUGGCAGUGCUAUUUGGCGAGCCUAGAAUUUAUGGAGAUGAUGCUACUGGAUAUGGCCCCAUCUUCGAGGAGGAGCCGAUUGAUGUGGUCUACACUGAAGACUCACCUGAUGGGAGAAUCUCUAUGAACUGCAGGGCACGAGCGAACCCCCCUGCUACAUACAGGUGGCGGCGUGAUAACUGGGAAAUCAAGCUGAUGGAGCAGCCAGACGAGCACUACAGCCUUGUGGGGGGGAACCUGGUUAUCACCAACCCCAGACAGAAGAAGCACGCAGGAACAUACGUCUGCGUGGCCAGGAACAUCUACGGCACCGUCAUCAGCAAGGACGCCAGGGUCAAGUUUGGAUUUUUGGAGGAGUUUCCCCAGGAGGAGAGAGACCCAGUGUAUGUCAAAGAGGGACAGGGGGCUGUCCUGCUGUGUGUCCCUCCAAAAGCCUGGCCGCAGGAGGUGACAUACCGCUGGAUCUACAAUGAGUUUCCAGUUUUCCUGUACACAGACAACCGUCGGUUUGUCUCCCAGAAGACGGGGAACCUGUACAUCUCUAAAGUGGAGGCUCAGGAUGCAGGAAACUACUCCUGCUUUGUUUCCAGCCCCGUCAUUGGGAAGAGUGUCUUCUCCAAGUUCAUCCCCCUCAUCCCGUUACACCCCGAUGUUGCCACUGGUGAGGAGAGAAAAUACCCAGCAGACAUCAGGGUGAAGUUUCCAGAUACUACUGCCAUGCUGGCAUCUAAUAUUACAUUGGAGUGCUUUGCUCUUGGAAAUCCCAUCCCUCAUAUUGUUUGGAGGAAGGUGGACCACACAGACCUCCCACCAAAUCAUGAGAUCAGUGAAUCUGGAGCUGUGCUUCAUUUGUUCAAUGUGCAAUACGAAGAUGUGGGAGGAUAUGAGUGUGAAGCCAUCAACACUAAAGGAAAGGACUGGCACAAGGCCUGGCUGUAUGUGGAGUCUGCUCCAGAGUGGGCAGAAACCAUCAACAACACUCAGAUCGACAUCGGCUCAGAGCACACCAUGCGCUGUGUGGCAUCAGGGAAGCCCUUCCCUUUCAUCCGCUGGUACAAAGAUGGAUAUAUGUAUGGGAAGGGGGAGUUGAAGUUUUCCAGUCUCACUUUUGAUGACUCAGGAAUGUACCAGUGCGUCGCUGAGAACUACUGGGGCAUUAAAUACGCCAACGCUGAGCUGCGAGUCAUCGCCUGUGCUCCUACUUUCGAGUUUAACCCUGUGAAGAAGCAGCUUCUUGGGGCUCAAGAUGGCCGCGUGGUGAUCGAGUGUAAACCUCGAGCUGCUCCCAAGCCGCGGUUCACCUGGAAGAAGGGCAAAGAGGUCCUCUUCAACAACUCACGGAUUUCCAUCAUGUAUGAUGGGACUCUGGAGAUCAUCAACGCCACCAAAAACGAUGAGGGCAUGUACACCUGCUUUGCUGAGAAUGACAGAGGAAAGGGAAACAGCUCUGGCUUUCUCACCAUCACAGAGGCGACCAGCAUCACAGAACCACCUGAAGACACGGAGGUCAAGGUUGGCGAUGAGGUGGUUCUGAGGUGUGCCGCUUCACACGACCCCAUGCUGGACAUCACAUUCAUCUGGGCCAUAGACUUCAGGGUCAUCGAUUUUGACUCUGAGUGGCAACACUACGAACGCGUACAGAACGAGGAUGGCAGCGGUGACCUGAAAAUAAAGAAUGUCCAGAUUUGGCACGAAGGUCGCUACACCUGUACGGCUCAGACAGUGGUGGACAGCGAUACUGCGUUCACUGAUCUCAAGGUUGUAGGUGUUCCCGGGCCUCCUGGUGUGAUCCGGGUGGAAGAGAUCGGGGACACGUGGGUCAAGCUGUUGUGGACAAAAGGAUCAGAGCACAACAGCCCCAUUCUCUACUACACUAUUCAGACCAGACACUUCUGGUCCCUGAAUGAAGAUGACUGGAAGGACGCCAACACUUCUCCAACGGUUCUCGAUGGCAAUAUGGAGAGGGCAGAAGUGACAGACCUGUACCCCUGGUUGGAGUAUCAGUUCAGGAUCAUCGCCGUCAAUGAGUACGGCCCUGGAGAGUCCAGUAUCCCCUCGCUUAAGAUCAAAACCUGGGAUGCUUCCCCAGUGGUUUCGCCGACUGAUGUAGCAGGUUAUGGAGGCAGAAAUGGCGAGAUCGUUAUCACAUGGACUCCCGUAGAACCUUGGUUUUUCUACGGCAAAAAGUUUGGCUACAUUGUGGCGUUCAGGCCUCACGAUGCUGUCGACUGGUGGUACGAGACCAUUUCAGACCCUGAGACGAGGCGUUACGUUCACAGGGACUCCUACUUCAUUCCCACUGAGGAAGAUUUCCAGAUCAGAGAGUUUCAGGUGAAGAUCAAGUCGUUUAAUGUGAAAGGAGACGGACCGUACAGCCUCACCAAGGUCAUCUACUACCCCAGAGAUUUACCAAUAGAGUCUCCGACAGACGUCUAUGCCCGGCCGGUGUCCUCUACUGAAGCUCUGGUCUGGUGGUUGCCUGUUGUCGACACUGGUACAGGCCUGCAGCAGUACAUUGAAGGAUACCAGGUCAAAUAUUGGAGAAAGUACGAUGACCCGGAGCCAGGAGCACACCGCAUAUUUGUUUCAGCCUCAACCAACCAGACCAGGCUGGAGAACAUGCUGCCAGACUCUCACUACCUCAUCGAGGUCCGAGCCUUUAACGGAGCGGGCCUCGGACCCCCUGGUGAACACUGUGAGAUGUUCACAAAGAGAGCACCUCCACCAGAGCCUCCCAGGAUGUGGCGCUAUGUUACCUGGACAGGACAGUGGUUGUAUGUGUGGUGGGAUCAUAUACAGUAUGACUGGUUUGGCAAUAUUUCCUUCCCACUGUACUACAAGGUCAUGUUCAGAAAGACGGGCUACAUCUACGGGAAGGUCUACGUCACUGGCUGGCACUUCAUGGACUUCCCCAUGCCUCAGACUGGAGACUAUGAGCUGCUGGUACGCGGCCGUUACGAAGGAGGGGACGGCCCAGUCAGGAUGAUCAGCAUAAAGGGUGAAGCCAAUAUAAUCACGCCCACUGUAAGCCUGGUGUCUUCCAUGCUGCUGGCACAGUGCAUUGUGGCAUUGGAGAUCUAAACCCUGCCACAGGUGACGUGUAUAUAAUAGACUCUUGGAAGUAAAUGUAUGGAUAGAAGAGAUCCAGUCUUCACCUCCAAACACUCUUUGCACUGAUAGUCAUUGGUAAAGAUCCUUCAUCAUGCAUCUGUUCUGUCACGACAGGGUAUUAGUAUUAAAUAGUUGUUUUUUUUGUUUUUUUUUUACAAUAAAAGCACUGGGUGUUGGCCUGAAACCUUGUUUGGACUUUAUAUUUUAAAUGCACAGGAGUGCUGCUGAACUGCAUAGGCCAAUGUCAAAGCCAGAAUGAAUGAAGGUAUAUGAUAAUGGUUGGAAAUGAUUAAACUCUCCAGACACUCUUCAGAUAGAAAUAAAAGCAUUCCAGGUUUGUUUGUUUUUCUAAACAGUUUUCUACAGUAUGUCUUGUUUUUCCUUUAUGUUCUCAUCAUUGUUUCCUGUUUGGGGCUGAACUGGACAAACGGUACCAAGGUAGAAUUUAACCCAUAGAAUGGGUUAUUUAUAACAAGCACUAUAAAUAUCUCAGAUGGUCAGACAAUGAUUAUUAAGUAAGGAACUGUAUGAUAAUCACUAUUUGGUUUGGAAUGAGCAGGGGAGAAGUGUGGAUGUGUAUAGGUCACUCAUCCAUUGUCUUGUUUUCCUUGGCUCAAACACAAAACAUUACAUGUUUUAAACAAACUGAAUCUUCACUAUUAUGUUUUCACUUUUAUUUUACUUUGCUAUAUUAAUUUUCUACAUAUUUCACAGCGCUGUGGUAUAGAUGAUGCUUGCUUAUUUUUUUUCAAGUUUCACCUGAAUCAUGUGCAUAGACCAUUGAAGUAUGAUUUGUGGCUGCAGCAAUAAAAGCCACAUCACUUUGAUGACAAUUUCCAUUUGAGACCAAUGAGGAUUUCUGAAGUGAAUAUGUAAUAUUUGAAUGAACCAUGAGACCAGGGUUGGAAAGAAAUCACUGUAUAUCACAUGUAUUUCCUUUAUGCCAGGCUGCAAAACCAUUAAACAGAGUAUAACAAUCUG